AUGGCCGAAGUAACCAGUGCACAGACACUUCAUUUAGAACCCAUACAUGCGUCUGGGCAGUUUAUACCGCACUGGGCCGUCCAAGCUAUCACCGACACCACCGCUGGUAUUGCCGGAGGGGUUGCCUGUGUAUAUGCUGGGCAUCCGUUUGACACGGUUAAGGUCAAAAUGCAAACACAAUCACAUUUAUACCCCAAAGGUGCAUUAGACUGCUUCAGACAGACGUUUAAGCAAUCUGGGAUGAAAGGGUUGUAUACUGGAGCUACACCAGCGUUAUUGGCCAAUGUCUCGGAAAAUGCGGUACUGUUUGCGUGCUAUGGAUCGAUACAGCGGUUUAUCAGAAGUAUACAGGGAACGCCUGAAGGGGAAGAGCUCUCACUAUUGCAGAAGGCUUCAGCCGGAGGUAAGCAAACAUGA